AUGUCAAACAAACCUCCUACCCGGCGCCAAUCCAUCAAGACGCCGGUCCCUACAAUCCCUCCCCAAACCACACUCCCUCUCCAGCGCCCUAUUACCAGAGCCCACCACCUCACAACGGCUACUCCACCCCUCCACCGAACGGAUACUUUUCACCCGGACAGCCACAAUACGGACCUCAGGGAGGCUACUAUCAGCCUGGAUAUCAACAGGGCUAUCAGCAGGGCUACCCUCCGCAAGGUUACCAACAAGGUUAUCCGCCACAAGGAUAUCAACAAGGCUACCCUCCGCAGGGCUACUACGCUCAAAACAAUAGGGGGUACAGCUCGUCGGAUGGAAUUUGUGCUGGAUUAA